GAAAAUUUGAAUGUUUUUAUAUAUCUAAGGUUCCUUUUGAGAUUUACAUGCUUUAUGCUGGCUGGGUAAGAAAAUAAAAAUAAAAACCUAAAAAAAGCAAAAUGAUGCCUACGUGUCAUAAGGAGAUUUGUCACCGAGGUCCAAGGGACAUGGUGAUGUCAGUAGGGACCCCAAUCUUGGUAGCCCAAGUCAAAGAGUCCAAAUACAUCUGAGAAACCCGAACCGCAACCUGACCCAUUUCCGGCCUCGCAUUCGGGUUAUCGUCCAGGCAUUCCAGCGCCAAACGCACCAAUUUCUCCGCCACAUCCACCGGGUAAGAAUCCCUCAACCGCCGGUCAACCCACCCCCUGAUCCGCCCGCCGCCGAACGCCGUUCUCGCCGUCUCGAUCACGGAAAUCCUCUCGUAGCCUCCCGUCUCCUCGUCCACAAUGUAGGUCAACGCCUCCUUCCCCGACACCAGCUCCAGCACCACCACGCCGAACGCGUACACGUCCGAUCUCUGCGACACGGCCCCGCUCGACUGAAAUUCCGGCGCCAUGUAUCCUCUGGUACCUUCGAACUUUAUCUCUUUACUGCUUGAUUCGAUCUCCAGGUCGGAUUCCGCUUUCCUUUUCGCGAUCUCCCCGCAAAGCUCCGCCGUUCCGAAAUGGCAGAUUCUCGCGUUCAGAGCAGGCUCUGUGAUUAAGAUGCUCGAGCUCUUGAUGUGAUUGUGGAUGAAUUCGAAGCCUACACCGGUAGAAUUAUGGAUGUAAUCCAGGCCGGAGGCGAUAUCAGAAGCAAUCUGAAUUCUCAGCGUCCAAUUCGAGAGAAUCGUGAAAUUAGGGUUCCUAGGGUUUCUCAGAGCAUCGCGAAGAUUCGCUCCAUGGACAUACUCAUACACCAAGUAGAUAUAAUUCCCGAAUACUGUGACCCCCUUGAGCGGAAUCAAGCUCGAGUGGUGACUUCUGCAUAUCAUCGCCACCCGUUCGAUCAGCUCCGGCGUAUCAAUCAGUCGGCGGAACUUCCUCUGGAUAACAACGACGUCUUGGCCGCGCAACCCGCAGCGCCAGGCGGUGGAGGUGGAGGAGGAGGACGAACUCGGCUGUGUGAAAUUUUUCGUGGCGGAGCGGAUUUCAGAGAAGUCAUAGAUUCGCGGCUGCUCCGGCAGAGCCUCUCGGAGACUUGCGAGGGAAUUCGCGCCGCUAGAUUUCGAAGACUUCCACGACUGCGAUUCCUUGUAAUUACCGAUAUAAAAGCUGGAGGUGGAAGCGGAAGAGCUCAUGAGUUGGCCACUCGUGGAUAACGAAGGGUCGGCCGGAGGCGGUUUGCCGGCGGGUGAACGCGGGGAUCGAGCCAUCGAAGGGUGCUUUGGCUUCGGCGAAGGGUUGAUUACUGCUCCGGUUAGCAAUUUCUUUGACUUGCACAUAGUUUAAGUUGCCUUCUUCUCCUUACUUCUCACCACUAGGUGCUUCGUUGCUGAAUCCUCCAUGCAUAUGAUCGGAGUAUUGAAACCCAAACUUUUCUAUUUCUGGGAAGGAUUUUUCGGUUUUCUUCUUUGCCCAGAAACAGAAAAUCAGGACCGGAGGUUGUCGGAGUUGAAACGGAAUGUGGUCGUCGGUUGCGUAUACACAGGAGAGGGUUUGCUGUAGACUAUUAGGUUGGACGGAGUCAUUGUUUUUCGUUUCGUCAUCCCACGUGGACAGGCUCACAUGUUACCUGUCGUAAACAUAACUUUUGGAGAGUUACUGACUUACUGCUUGGGCGGUCGUCUUUUACCCUAUGAUCACGGUAAUGAUAAAUACCUUGCCACAUGUAUGUGGCAAAAACAUGUUACUUUUUUAAAUAGAUCUAUAAGUGCAAUUAUGAUAUACUCCGUAGAUGUGUUGGAUCAUGCAAAAUACUAGUAACAUUUAUUGUGUAACCAUAGAUUAUUAUUUGGUGGAUUUGACUUUGCAUUCCAUUUUUGAUGUAAUAAUGGACUUUGCACGCGUUUUAAAAUCAAUAAUGUGUGCACUCAUCAUUCCGAAAAUUGUGAAUGCAUAAAUACAAAGCGAAUGAUUUCA